AUGGUAUUCUCAAGGGUUAUAACAGCCACGAAACGAGCCUAUCGAUGUCUUCUUUCUAUAGCCCGCAGGACCACGCAAGCCUUUGCGAAAAAAAUAGUCUUCCCGACAAUCAGCCCGCAUCGCGCCAUCUUGUACCUGAUCUUCUCAGAGUAUGUCUCACAAUUCCAUCUGGAAGACUAUGUAUAUCACCCUGGAACAUUUCACAUCAAGCCCUUACCCCAAGGCCCUGGAUACUACGCAUGGAUUGUCAUAUCGCAUGUCUGUUCUCAUUGGCGUACCGUGGCGAUUGACGAACCGACGUUGUGGGGCCGCAUAUUGUUGCAACCGUCGCAACGGAUCGAAGCCAUGUCGGAAUCCAUCAAAACGAUGCUCAUGCGAUCAAAAUGGGCAGUGCUCGAUGUGACUAUGGACUUUCGAGGGUUCAGCGGCAUGUGCUUUGAGCAGCGAAAUAUAACCUCGGUGCUGGCAGAGCUGCGACGGAUCAAGGCACUGCGCAUUCACGGAGAUGCGGGGCAAUCCCUGAACGUGGUGUACUACGCAGCAGCACCUCCGGAACUUAUUUCGCGUGAAGCCCCGAACUUGCGAACAGUUGAAAUUGAUAGUGUCGGCUGGAACCAUCGCAUGGAACGAUUCAGCCUGCCCUAUGAUCCAUUUCAUCUCACCGGAGAGUGGGUGCAUAACCUGCAGAGCAUCGAGAUCAUGUCAUCGGGCGGUAGCUUUCCUUGGGGUCAUCCAUAUUCAUUCUCCGGACUAAGGCACCUGAAGCUGGGUCCAGAUGCUUGGUGUAAAUCCGCUCGAGAAGAUGUGCUACGUAUCUUAGGGCAGUUGCCUCUACUGGAAACGCUCAGCCUGCGGCUGCGCGGCCGACAGAAUGAGCUAUCAUCGACAGGACCUGCCACAUCUUAUCAAUCACCCACUGUCUCCCUGCGCAAGCUUCAAUGA